AUGUUCCAUCUAUCUAUCUAUCUAUCUAUCUAUCUAUCUAUCUAUCUAUAUAUUCUAUUCAUAUCUAUCUAUCUCAGUCUGUUCUUAUCUCUGUAUCUCAGUUUGCUCAUUUCUAUCUAUCUCAGUUUAUUAAUAUCUAUCUAUCUAUCUAUCUAUCUAUCUAUCUAUGUUAACUAUCUUAGUUUAUUCAUAUCUAUCUAUCUAUCUAUCUAUCUAUCUAUCUAUAUAUGUUCCAUUUUAUUUAUAAUUAUAUCGGUCUGUUCGUGCCUAUCUAUCUAUCUAAUCUAUCUAUCUCAGUCUAUUCAUAUCUAUGUAUCUCAGUUUGCUCAUUUCUAUCUAUCUCAGUUUAUUAAUAUCUAUCUAUCUAUCUAUCUAUCUAUCUAUGUUAACUAUCUUAGUUUAUUCAUAUCUAUCUAUCUAUCUAUCUAUCUAUCUAUCUAUCUAUCUAUCUAUAUAUCUAUAUAUUUUGCUCAUUUCUAUCUAUCUCAGUUUAUUAAUAUCUAUCUAUCUAUCUAUCUAUCUAUCUAUGUUAACUAUCUUAGUUUAUUAAUAUCUAUCUAUCUAUCUAUCUAUCUAUCUAUCUAUCUAUAUAUCUAUAUAUGUUCCAUUUUAUUUAUAAUUAUAUCGGUCUGUUCGUGCCUAUCUAUCUAUCUAAUCUAUCUAUCUCAGUCUAUUCAUAUCUAUGUAUCUCAGUUUGCUCAUUUCUAUCUAUCUCAUUUAUUAAUAUCUAUCUAUCUAUCUAUCUAUCUAUCUAUCUAUCUAUCUAUCUGCAGGUUGAUAUACCGUAAAAUAAACCAAACCAAUCUCUCUCACUCUAUCUAUUUCUCUAUCCCUCUCUCUCCCUCUCCCUCUCUCUAUCUCUCCCUUUCUAUCUAUCUAUCUAUCUAUCUAUCUAUCUAUCUAUCUAUCUAUCUCUCUUUCUCUAUAUCGAUUUGA